UUUACUACAAUUUCGGAGAGGAAGAGGAUAGGGUAGUGUUUGUCUCGUGUCUCCAAACUCGUUCCGUAAUUCUGUCGUGAAUUUGCGGAAAACCCAAAGAAAUAUGGCGAGCAGCACCGGCGAUCUGGUGACGCGUGUUCAAUCGGCUCACCGGUUUAACCACGAUGCCUUGCUCCAAUUCGCCGCCGGCAACGUCCCUGGCUUCCCGGCGAAUCCUUCCCAAUUCACCGUCUCUCAGUUCGGACAUGGGCAAUCGAAUCCGACGUUCCUGAUCGAAGUUGGGUCGGGAAAUUCGUUGAAACGAUACGUUUUGAGGAAGAAGCCCCCUGGGAAGCUGCUUCAAUCUGCUCAUGCGGUUGAGAGGGAGUUUCAGGUUCUUCGGGCAUUGGGUGAACACACACUGGUACCUGUUCCUAAAGUCUUCUGCUUGUGCACCGACACGAGUGUGAUUGGAACAGCGUUUUACAUAAUGGAGUUCAUGGAAGGGCGUAUCUUCAUUGACCCAUCAUUACCGAAUGUAGCGCCUGAAAGGAGGAGAGCAAUCUAUAGAGCAACUGCCAAAGCCUUAGCUUUUCUUCACUCUGCUGAUGUGGAUGCCAUUGGUCUCGGGAAAUAUGGCCGGAGAGACAAUUACUGCAAAAGACAGAUUGAGAGGUGGUUCAAACAAUACUUGGCUUCAACAAGUGAAGGUAAGCCUGAGAGGAAUCCGAAGAUGUUUGAGCUGGUUUAUUGGUUACGCAAAAACAUCCCGGCUGAAGAUUCAACUGGAGCAACAUCAGGCCUUGUCCAUGGCGACUUCCGCAUAGACAAUCUCGUGUUUCAUCCCUCUGAGGAUCGAGUGAUUGGUAUUAUUGACUGGGAACUAUCAACUCUUGGAAAUCAAAUGUGUGAUGUUGCAUACAGCUGCUUGCAUUACAUAGUGAAUGUUCAGCUUGACAAGGAGCAUGUGGGCAGAGGUAUGGAAACAACCGGACUUCCUGAAGGGAUUCUUUCACUGCCAGAGUUUCUCGUAGAAUACUGCUCUGCUUCCGGUAAACCAUGGCCCGCUGCAGAAUGGAAGUUCUACGUUGCGUUUUCAAUGUUUCGGGCUGCUUCCAUAUACACCGGGGUGUACAAUAGAUUGUUAAUGGGUAAUGCUUCUGCUGGUGAACGUGCCCGGAAUACAGGAACUCAAGCUAAUGAGAUUAUAGGGUCUGCCUUGGCUUAUAUUGCACGCGAGAAUGUCCUUCCCAAACACCCUCCAUCUGGAAGAGAGAUGAACCGGUCGGAUGACAGCCUCGUGGAUGGAAGCGGGAGGCUUAUCCCCAACAGAAAAGUCGCGGAUUUGAGGCAGAAACUGAUCAAGUUUAUGGAAAAUCACAUCUACCCGAUGGAAAACGAGUUUUACAGACUAGCUCAAUCUGAUUCUCGUUGGACCGUUCACCCCGAGGAGGAGCGGUUAAAGGAGCUAGCAAAGAAAGAAGGCCUGUGGAACUUAUUUAUACCGGUGGACAGUGCUGCUAGAGCAAGAGAACUAAUAGCUACUGACAAUAAACAUAACUUCACGGGCAAUUCAUAUGAUCGGUUGUUUGGUGCGGGCCUCACUAAUCUAGAAUAUGGUUACCUUUGCGAGAUCAUGGGUCGGUCCAUUUGGGCCCCUCAGGUGUUCAACUGUGGUGCUCCUGAUACCGGAAACAUGGAGGUGCUAUUGAGAUACGGAAACAAAGAACAAAUAUCGGAAUGGCUUGUUCCGCUGCUCGAGGGGAAAAUCCGGUCUGGAUUUGCUAUGACUGAGCCACAGGUUGCAUCUUCAGAUGCAACCAAUAUUGAGUGUUCCAUUAGAAGAGAAGGGGAUUCAUACAUCAUCAAUGGCACAAAGUGGUGGACGAGUGGAGCCAUGGAUCCCAGAUGCAGAGUCCUUAUUGUCAUGGGGAAAACAGACUUUAACGCUCCGAAACAUAAGCAACAGUCUAUGAUCUUAGUGGACAUGAAGACUCCGGGAAUUCGUGUUAAGAGGCCUCUCACGGUAUUCGGGUUUGAUGAUGCGCCUCAUGGGCAUGCCGAGAUUUCCUUCGAAAACGUGGUCGUACCAUCGAAGAAUAUUCUCCUAGGAGAAGGCCGAGGAUUCGAGAUUGCUCAGGGUAGGUUAGGACCUGGAAGGCUGCACCAUUGCAUGAGGCUGAUCGGUGCGGCAGAGCGUGGAAUGGAGCUAAUGGCUCAAAGGGCUCUUAACAGAAAAACUUUCGGGAAGUUUAUCGCUCAGCACGGCUCUUUCCUCUCUGAUCUUGCCAAGUGUCGGGUAGAGCUCGAAAGAACCAGGUUGUUGGUCCUGGAAGCGGCCAACCAGCUCGAUAUGUUUGGAAAUAAAAAAGCCCGCGGAAUCAUCGCUAUGGCCAAGGUGGCGGCUCCAAACAUGGCGUUGAAGGUAGUGGACACGGCGAUGCAAGUGCACGGGGCGGCUGGCUUAUCCCAGGACACCGUCUUGGCUCAUCUCUGGGCGACGGCCAGAACUCUCAGGAUAGCCGACGGACCCGACGAGGUUCAUCUCGGCACCAUUGCCAAGUUGGAACUCCAACGGGCUUCCAAGCUUUAAGCUUAUAUAUAUAUUAUAUAUAUUGAUUCUGAAAAAAAAAAAAGUCUUUUUUUUAUUCUCUUUUACUUGAUCUAAAUUAAUAAAGCUGUUCGA